AAGAAUUGCGGCUGCCCCUUCCUCCCCCUCAUUCACUCUCUGCCUCUCCACAGUCCCUUCCCCAACUCGUCGUUUCCUCCCUUCAGAUUCCCCCUCGUCUCUGUUCUCCUUCAUUCCACCCUCACCUCUCAAUCACCAUCACCAUCCCAAUUGCACCUCCCACAGUCUACAUCAUCCAUUGCCUUCAUAUUUCGCUCCUGUUGAACCCUAAAGAUACCCCUCCGUGUCGUUUAGAUCCUCCCCGUCACCAUGACUAAGAUCACCCAAAUCUUCUUUGACUGCGACAACACCCUCGUCCUCUCGGAAGAGUUGGCGUUCGAGGCGUGUGCAGACCUUGCCAACGAAAUCCUGGCCAGCCGUAACAUCCCCGAUCGUUACACCGGUUCCCAGCUCAUCCAGGACUUUGUGGGUCAGAACUUCCGUGGCAUGAUGGUUUCUCUUCAGGCCAAGUACAAGUUCGAGAUCCCCAGUGACGAACUCGAGCGCUACGUCAAGGAGGAAGAAAACAGGGUCAUUGCUAAGCUGGAGGAAAGGGCCCAGCCAUGCCCUGGCGCCAAUGCUGAACUGGAAAGGGUCCACAAAGCUGGGAAGUACGGGCUCGCGGUGGUCUCUUCUUCGGCCCUGCGUCGCGUUCUGGCUUCAAUCAAGAAGGUUGGCCAGGACAAGUACUUUGAUCCGAAAUUUGUCUUCAGCGCUGCGAGUUCCCUUCCCAAGCCCACCUCCAAGCCUGACCCUGCCAUCUACCAGUACGCUCUCGAGAUUGUUCGCAGGAAGCCCGAGGAAGCUGUCGCCAUCGAGGACAGCAAGAGCGGUGCUCUUAGCGCUAUUCGUGCCGGUAUCCCGGUGAUCGGCUAUGUCGGCCCUUACGAAGGCGAGACAAAGAAGAUGGAGAUGGCGAAGUUGCUCACUGAUCUUGGUGCCAAGGUUAUCAUGAGGGAUUGGGCCGAGUUUCAGACCUGUCUUUCGCAGAUCGAGGCCGCUGAGUAAGUGGAUCGCUGAUCCUAACACUUGGACUCUUUCAUACCUUUCUAUUCUUCAUUUCUCUUCAACGAGAUAGACGCGAGGCUGGGGUGGAGUUUAAUGUUACGUCUGACUAAUUACACGAUCUACGGUAGCACCAAGGAAAAUGAUCAUGGAAAGCAGGGUGCUUCCGCUUUCCACACGAAGUUAUGAUUUCGAGCGCGGUGGCCGUUAUGGAGUCUUCGUUUUCUUGCAAUUUCUCUCGUGGACUUUCGGGAUGAUCGUUUCGGUAUUCAAUUCGAAGCUCUAAGGCUUUAUUAUGCGUUGUUAAGAAGACAGGUUUUUCGAACAGCAUCUUCAAACGGCUGUAUUACUAGCAUAGACAGGUUAAGAUUAACGGAGAGACUCCUAGUCGCUAGGGUCAAUGGCCUGCGGUAAUACAAUGCAUGAGAGUACCAAUAGGGCAACUUUUCUUCGUUGG